UUGAGCAUGCGCAGUAAGUGACCAAAGUGACAUCACCAAGUCAGCAAUUGUCGCUGCGCUAGGUUUUUUUGCUUCUGCAUCUUUUGACGCUUGUUGACGCAGCCUAGGACAAUGAAAUGGAAGUUUAAAGAGGAGCACAGCUUUGAAAGCAGGAUUCAAGAAUCAACGAAAAUUCGUUGCAAGUAUCCCGACAGAAUUCCUGUUGUUGUGGAGAAGCAACCUCGUUCCAACAUCCAAGACAUCGACAAGCGCAAGUUCCUAGUUCCUGCAGACCUAACAGUGGCGCAGUUCAUGUACAUCAUCAGGAAACGUAUUCAACUUCCCCCUGAGAAAGCAAUGUUUUUGUUUGUCAAUAAAGUGCUGCCUACCACAUCGUCGACCAUGGGCAGCAUUUACGAUGAGCACAAAGACACGGAUGGUUUUUUGUACAUUGCAUAUAGUGGGGAGAAUACAUUUGGUUUGUGACUGCUCUGGUCGUACAUGAUAAACUGUAUUGGUGUCUAGUCUGCUAGUCAGCUAAAACCUUCAUACUCUGUAGGAUUUAUUAUCCAUGAUUGAAAUACAGUCAGCAGCUGUUGUCGGA